GCCCGGCAUCUCGGGACUCGUAGUUCCCCGCACAGAGAGACAUGGCGGCGGCUCGGGCUCUCGUAGCUGCUCUCGCCGUUUUCCUCGUCGUCGUCAGCGUUCAGGCCAGCAAGUACUCCCGGGAGGCUAACGAGGGGCUGCCUGACGCUAAGAGGCGUGAGACCGGGGAGUUCCGAGUGGUGAGGCUGAAUCAGAUCUGGGAGAAGGCGCAGCGGCUUCAUCUCUCUGCUGUAAAACUAGCUGAACUGCACAGCGAUUUGAAAAUACAAGAAAAAGAUGAGCUAAGCUGGAAAAAACUGAAAGCUGAAGGGCUGGAUGAAGAUGGAGAGAAAGAAGCCAAGCUUAGACGCAACUUAAAUGUCAUUAUGACUAAAUACGGAAUGAAUGGAAAGAAGGACUCUCACCUAACUGAUACUAACUACAUUAAAGAUGGUACAGAAAGUGAUACACUGGAUGACCCAAGACUGGAAAAACUAUGGAGCAAGGCCAAGACCUCUGGGAAGUUCUCAGAUGAGGAGCUGGAUAAGCUUUGGCGAGAAUUUAAACAUCACAAAGAAAAGAUUCGUGAAUACAAUAUUCUGCUUGAGACCGUGAGCAGAACUGAAGAUAUUCACAAAAAUGUAAUCAACCCAUCUGAGGAGAACCUGGUGAAAGAGGAAGUCUUGCACAACAAACACAGAGAGCUUAAAGACAAGCUAAGAAGCAUCAACCAGGGGUUUGAGCGUUUACGUAAAGUCAGUCACCAAGGAUAUGAUGCAACCAGUGAAUUCGAAGAACCAAGAGUGAUUGAUUUGUGGGACAUGGCAAAAUCAGCCAAUUUCACUGAGAAAGAGCUGGAAUCUUUUCGGGAGGAACUGAAACACUUCGAAGCAAAAAUUGAAAAACAUCAUCACUAUCAGAAGCAAUUAGAGAUUUCACACGAGAAACUAAAACAUAUUGAGGGGACUGGAGAUAAGGAACAUCUGAACAGAAACAGAGAGAAAUAUGCCAUGCUAGAAGAAAAGACAAAAGAGCUCGGAUAUAAGGUCAAGAAGCAUUUGCAAGACUUAUCCAGCAGAAUCUCUCAAGGUCUUCAACACAAUGAAUUAUAAACAUCUGUUCUCCUUCAUGGGAUCAAUUUAUGAACAUAAAUAACAGAGGGAUUUUAUGAACAGGAUUAGCCAAGCAGUCCUUCCAAAAUUCUAAGGAUUGAAGAGUUGUCCUGUAAGAAAACUUUCUGUGGUCCACUUAGUUUUGUAUUUGCAUUAUCAUGUUAAAUGAUUACACUAUAAAUCUGAAUCAAGUAACAGCCUUUGAAAUAAGUCACGUCACAAGGAAGUGUGAGCAGUCAGAAGAUUCCUGCUUGUAAAAAUAUUGAUCUUAUAGUUAGUCAAGGAAUUCUGAUCAAUGAAAGCAGACACCUGAGGUACAGGUUGUUAAAGAUGAGAGAAGUUUAAUAUUUCACUGUUUGGUUUGAUGCAUUUUCUACUGAAGGUAACUAAAAUGUUUUUACUUGCUGAGCAUUGACUCAGCUGCACUGUAUAUGAAUCUUUCAUGUGAGAGGAGGGGGAGGAAUAAGGGAAGAAUAAGUAUUGAGGUCAAUUCACAAAACUUACAGACUAACGCAUCUGAAGUUACUGAACGUAUGUGUACGAUUUUGCAAUUCAUAGUUGUUUGGUUUUGUUACACUUAGUCAUUAAAAAUCAAAACAAGAUACCA